AAAAGUAGGACAUGAUCACAUACGGUUCAUUAUUAAUAUUGUUGAAAUAAGUUAUUCUUCAACGUUAUAUGUCAAAACUCCUUAAAAUUAUGCAAGAAAAAAAAAAAUUGUUUCCCAUAGUUUAAGUUGAAAAUCCUUGAUGGUACAGCUCUAAGCUUGCUUUAUCCAAAGCAGCAGAGAAAGUUUCAACUAAAAUGGAAACUAUUAUAUAUAUAUGGUGGUUUUCGCCGUAUGUAUGGUGCUUUUGUUAUGCUCUCCAAUGGUGCUUUUGUCUCUGACUGUAUGUGUCUCUGGGUGGAUGUGUGUGUGUUUUUGGAGCUUUGAUUAUUUUGCUGAAUUCUGAGACUUUGUCUUUUUAUUGACUUCCAUAACAAAAGAUCAUUUUAGUUCAUAUUCAAUACUGUGUAUAGGGCAUCCAUAUCUACUGUUCUUGAUUAUUUGGAACAAUCUAUUUAGUAUAGUUAAUUUACUCUCAUAAAAAAGAAGAAAAUGUAUAGUUUACUUAUUCAUCGGAAUAUGUUACGAUCGGCUUCUAAUCUCUUCAUGAGCUCUAAGAGCUAACUAGUUAGGGCCAGGAUUUUGUGUGUGUGUGUGUAUGUAUGUACGUGUCUAGGCUAAGGUUUUAAUGGAAAGAAGACAACACAUAUUGGAAUCUCAAUUCUUUUAUGAGAUCCAAUAACAUCUAAAAUACAGAUGAGGAUGUUAAGAAUUUUACCUUCAUGAAAAGCAAUAAUCUUUGAUCUUCAAGAACCAAAGUCCACAAUUGCUCUCCACAUGACCAAGCCUCAGAAAUCCUUAAACCAAUAAAUUUGUUUUGGCUCCUAUGUUGCUUGAAAACAAGGAUGUGAUGAUGUUUCAUGGAGAAAAUAUGUAAAAGCUUCACGGAUUAUUGGGGUUUUUUGUUUUGUUUUGUUGUUAUACUGCAAAUUUGCAAUCAUGCAUGGUGAGACUAAUAAUUGCACAAAAGAGAGAAGAGAACAAGACAAUAAUAGGUUUUUGGUGUCUCUGGAUGUGUGCGGCAGCUCUCUUUGACUGAAAAUGAUGUGCUAUGGUUGGCCUCUAGGCGUUUAGCUUAUCCCUUUGUAGGGCAACAAUGCUUAGGUGCCACUAAUUUAUGCAUCUAAUUGCUACACAAUUGCAUAAUUCUGUACAAACAUGCUUGAACAAUUCUAACUUGAAGUUCAUUGGGAUUCUGUGGCAUUCCUUCUAUAUCUAGUUUGAACUCUCCUUCAUUUUAUUAAGGGUGCCUUUGAGGAUAAGCAAUUCCGUUGAAAAUCAUAAUGUUUUUUAACCAAACAAAAUGAUCGUAAGGUUUUACCUUGUUGUCUUUCUUCUUUCACUUUGCAGCGUUAGAGCAACGAUUGAUAGGUACAAAAAAGCAUGUACUGAUUCUACGAAUGGUGGAUCUGUUUCUGAAGCUAACACUCAGUUUUAUCAGCAGGAAUCAUCUAAAUUACGAAGACAGAUUCGCGAAAUCCAGAACUCAAACAGGCAUAUACUGGGUGAAGCUCUUAGCACUUUGAACAUCAAGGAACUCAAGAACCUAGAAGGAAGACUGGAGAAAGGGAUCAGCAGGAUAAGAUCCAAAAAGAACGAAAUGCUGUUUGCUGAAAUCGAAUUUAUGCAAAAGAGGGAGAUCGACCUGCAAAACCAUAACAAUUAUCUGAGAGCAAAGAUAGCUGAAAAUGAGAGGGCACAACAGCAGCAAACAAAUAUGAUUCAAGGAACUUCUUAUGAUCAGUCAAUGCCUUCACAGUCAUACGACAGGAACUUCCUCCCUGUAAUCUUGGAGGCGAAUAAUAAUAAUAAUAAUAACCAUUACUCUCGCCAUGACCAGACAGCUCUCCAACUUGUUUGAAAUGCCGGAAUGCCGUCUGAUGUUCCAUUCUAUCCUUUGAUCUGUUUUCCAUAAAUCUAUCAGAUAAUUGACUGUAAUUUGAUGUACAUGUUUGAGAACCAGCUUCUCAAUGUUCUCACCACUCAGUUCAAUCAGAAUUUUCUGCAUUAACUACCUAUCAUGUACCCAAACUCUAAGAUAAUUUAUUAAAUUGGGUAUACUAGUGAUUUGCCCUUGAAUUUGUGCUUAA